CGUUCUUAGCAUCGCUAAGUGCACUUAACGGCAAAGAAUCGUUAAGUUUUCUACUUAAAAUGGCGCCGAGCGGCUAAGCGCUGGAGCUGCCGCACUAAGCGGGCGAAACAUUUAAGGCGGGGAGGGGGCUCCCAUAGCACCGUUAGAAAGGCAUAAGUAUUACAACAUGGCCGAUUACAGCGGGAGGAAAAGCAUCACCUCCGAACACAUCGCCCUCGUCAAGACGAAUUCGAGGCGUGCAAUGAUUUGAAACUCAUCCUGAAACAUCUGUGGACUGUGCUGACCGUGCUGAGAUGAGUGGUUCGGCGAGGCGGACCUUGGAAACACCUACAUGGCCAUCACGACUGAAGUGGUGUUCGCCGACAGGUAAAAUGCAGGUGCAACCUUCACAGACUGACAGAGAUUGAGUGAUAACAGACACUGGAGACCCUCCAAGCGAUGGCUGGUGACCGCCUGCCACCAUCCACAGGCUGUCACACAAGGAGCCCUGGGAGUAACCUUGCUGGAAGCCCCGCGGGCUGCAGUGUGUGGCUGGCGUUAUACAGUCCCCAGCCAUCGCCUGGAGGGCAUCCAGUGUCUGUUAUCAUUCACCUUAGGUAGUCUGUGAAGGUCCAGUCAUCACUGGUGCACGUGUAUCUUACCUGUGAUCAACACCGGCAGCCACAGACUCCUGCCCAAUGAACGAACACAGAGCUGGGCACUUCCGAUUAUCAGGCCGAUCGUCCGAUCUUGCGAUCUGAUCGGAACAGCAAUUGGCGAUCGGAAUGCAAAGAUUGGAUCAUCUUUGUAAAAGAUCGUGAUGCUCACGAACCUUCCACGAAUGUCCAACAACCCAAACAUCCGUGAAAUGAUCCAUGGGCUGCCCUAUGUAAAGAUUAACAAGACAGUAUUCGAAAUGGGUAAAGAUGGAGUUGGAGGUUUUACUCCCUUCAAAAUAAAACUGCCCCCCUUAGCGAAGGAACUGUAUAAUGUGCCAGCUGUUAAGAAGCUAUAUGAAAAAAGGAAAGACUUUGACCUCAUCGUUAUCGACCACUUAUUUAACGAGCUCGUGUACCCCUUCGUGCACGAGGUUCCGUUCAUCACCGUCGCCACUCCCGGGAUGGAUCCCCGCCAGAGUGCCGUCCUGGGCAACGUACUCAACCCGGCCUACGUCCCGAACAUCGUGGCUGCCUUGCCCUUGCCCAUGUCCAUGUGGCAGCGGCUAAAAAACACUGUCAUGCAUGUAGUCGUAUCUUUUUACUGGAGGAACUGGGCCGUUGUUCCGUUGGUGCAAAUGGAGAUCUCAGCCCAGUUCCCGGAUCUGCCGCCGCUGCUGGAGAUCGAAAAGAACCAAAGUCUGUCACUGCUGAACACUCACUUCAGCAUUUCCACCACGGUGCCCCUGCUGCCCUCACAGGUGGAGGUGGGCGCCAUGCACUGCCGCCCGGCAAAACCCUUGCCGGAGGACCUAGAGUCAUGGAUUACAGACGCGGGCGCAGAGGGCGUCAUCUACUUCAGUCUGGGCUCCAUCGUUCAAGCUGAAACCAUGCCGCAGGAGUACCUCCAAGCUUUCCUUGAAGCCUUCCGCAGACUGCCGCAGCGCGUCCUCUGGAAGUACGAAGGAAAGUUGGAGGGUGCGUCUGGUAACGUUAGGGUCAGCAGUUGGUUUCCCCAGCAGGACAUCCUCGCUCAUGACAACGUGAAAGUGUUCAUCUCUCACGGCGGCCUGAACAGCGUGCAGGAGUCCAUCUUCCACGCCACACCCCUCCUUGUCCUCCCCGUCUUCACUGACCAACCAACGCAAGCCGUGUUUGUGGAAAGCUCGGGUCUGGGUCACAUGCUGGAGUGGGAGGAACUUACUGCCGAUAGGAUUGUCAACGCCCUCACUGAUAUUAUAAACGAACCUAAGUACAAAGAGGCCGUGUCGGUGAUGUCGGCGUCCUUAAGGGAUCAGCUGACUACGCCGCAGGAGCGCGCCGUCUUCUGGACGGAGUACGUGAUCCGCCACCGAGGGGCGCCGCAGCUGAGGUGCCCUGCCACCCAGCUGUCCUGGGUGGAGUUCCUGCUGCUGGACGUGGUGGGCCUCCUGCUGAUGGCCCUACUGCUCCUGCUGCUGCUCCUGCGUCGCUUCUCUUGGGCAGUGUUUGCCUUAGUCUUUACUGACCGUGUCAAGAAAAAGAAGGAGUGACGCGAGACAAAGUGAAGCUUGUUUGUAAGUGAUGGUUUAUAACAACCGCAUGUUGUAUAGAUACAGAACGGGAAAGACCAAUGAACUACCUUGAUUUACCGUACUUUUCACACUGUAACUUUGUAUGUGAACCUGUUGUUAACCACCGCUGUCAGUUGAUAAGCAUCCAAAGGUUUAUUUCGUUACACUUGUGUGUCAACAUUGACGGAUGUCCGUGUUGUGCUAUUUUCCUUAGGAAUAAAUUAUUUACAGGUUUUGUAAUGAGUAAAAUGUCUUUCAUGGGAGACUAUAGCAACUGUAUUUAAACAGAGAUCCGUUGU